AUGUCGGGGCUCAGCUACCCAGAGAUGGAGGGCUGUCGUAACCUGCUCGGCCUGUUGGACAACGACGAGAUCAUGGCCCUAUGCGACACCAUCACCAACCGCCUGGUGCAGCCUGAGGACCGCCAAGAUGCCAUUCGUGCAAUAUUAGUGUACAGUCAAAAUGUAGAAGAACUUUUGAGGCGUAAAAAAGUCCACCGAGAAAUCAUAUUUAAGUACUUGGCAACACAGGGGGUUAUUAUACCUCCAGCUACUGAAAAACACAAUCUUAUUCAGCAUGCAAAGGAUUACUGGAAAAAGCAGUCACAAUUGAAAUUGAAGGAAACGCCAGAGCCAGUUAAGACAGAGGACAUUAGACUCUUUGAACAGGAGAAAGAAGAUAAAAAAGCUGAAAAGGUUGAUUUUCGUCGAUUAGGUGAAGAAUUCUGUCACUGGUUCUUUGAACUUCUUAAUUGUCAGAAUCCUCUUCUGGGAACACCUCAAGAUGAAUGGGGGCCACAGCACUUCUGGCAUGAUGUCAAGCUUAGGUUUUAUUACAACACAUCUGAGCAAAAUGUGAUAGACUACCAUGGAGCAGAAAUUGUGAGCCUUCGUCUCCUGUCACUAGUGAAAGAAGAAUAUCUUUUUCUCAGUCCCAACCUAGAUUCCCAUGGACUGAAAUGUGCUUCUUCUCCCCAUGGUCUAGUUAUGGUUGGAGUUGCUGGGACUGUCCACCGAGAGAACACUUGUUUGGGCAUUUUUGAACAAAUUUUUGGACUCAUCCGCUGCCCUUUUGUGGAGAAUACUUGGAAAAUCAAAUUUAUCAACCUGAGAAUUAUUGGAGAGAGUUCCCUUGCUCCUGAAACAUUAAUGAAACCAGCUAUUACACUUGAACCAAGUGAUCUAGAAGCCUUUUAUAAUGUAAACACUUUGUGUGGUCCAGUGAAGGAUGACUCAGUGUAA